UCCAAAUUUGUAUGAUGUGCUUUCUGUUUUUGUCUCUGUUGUAUUUUCUGUUUUUAAAUUCUGAUGCCUUUGUGUAAUUUUUCUAUCCCGCGGAACAUACUUCCCCUACCCUGUAGACUUGCUUUUGUGCUCAUAGAAUCUGCUGCAAGGCACAGAGAUGUGCCUGUAAACCUGUGUCUGGCAGCGGAUUUGGUGGGCGCAUGGGGAGGCGGCCGGCUGCCGCCUAUCAGCUUAAACUUGGACAACACCAAAGCUACAACUGGACGGUCUUUUAAGAGUCUUAUCUUGAGGGGAGUGGCUCUUGGAAUCCGCUCGGGAUGGGACUCUUUAAGACUGUUUAGUAUUCCUACCCGGCUCCCCUCCUUUGUUGCAGGAUAAAGAAAAAGUUUCGUGCUCCCACACUCGUUUCAGAUCCUGUGCCUGGCCGGCCUGCUAUGAUUUCAGACCCUUUUGUGACCACGAGCUCUCUGCCAGGGCAAGACCCCCUGACCGGACGGCCUGGCUCGGCUCUGAUCGUAAAGGAGCUGAAAUGCAUUGGGACCAUAAUCGUGCCCUUGCUGGAGAUAAAGCUGGGCAUGCCUGACGCAGCCGUGGACAUCAGCACCGAGGUCACCACCAAGGACUUAAGAAAGAAAGAAGUGGUAAAGAAGGCGGAGCAUGAGAAAGACGAGGUAAACCUGGACAAGAGGCCCCAACCUGUAAAAAGUAAGCUCGACGAACAGGAGGAGCGGAGGAAAAGGCGCUUGGAACAGAACAAGGCGGUGUGGGCCCGGAGGAAGGAGCGCACGGAGACCCUGCAGCGGGAGUUUGAGCGGCUGGAGUUCAGAAACGCGGUACUAAAGAUACAGGUCAGGGAGCUGGAGCAGGAGCGGCAGCAGCUGAUUCUCGUACUGAACCGGCGCCGCCCCACCUGCAUUGUCCGCACCGACAGCGUCCCUACCCCUUGGAUCUAAUAUUAAUGGC